AUAAUAUAACCUCAUUAACCUCAUUUUUAUGAUCUCUAAUCUAACAUUUUUAUGAGCGAUUCUGAUCUUGAUUAUUGUUUCCUUGUAUAUACUUAGUUGUUAUUCUCAGUUGUAAAUUAAGAAUAGUUCCUUCUUAACACACAAUCAACUUCUCAAAAAAGUACCUAUAACUUUUUGAAACUUCACUUUCCUAUACUUUUUUGAAAAAAAAAAAACAAAAAUGGAUCAGCAAACCGGCAUACUCUCUAAAAUACCAGAUACCGUGGUACCUCCAUCAAUAACAUUGUCGAAUUUUACUGCUGCUCGGUUAAAAGAAAUACAAGCAAUGAGAAAGAGUUUGAGCGAGAACAGUGGCACCAAGAUGGCCUUUCAAAAAAUUCCCAGGCAUAUGAGAAGGAGGACAAUGUCUCAUGUUGUUAAAAGGCUCCCGAGGAGGAUAAGAGAAAUUCAUAUGAAUCAGAUGAAAAAAUCGGGUUUGCCACCUAAAAGUAAAAGGCCCUCUAGGAAACAUAGAAGGCGCCCAUCUAACUUGCUUAGUGACUAUGUUAGACGGCAAAGAAGAAUUAAAUGGUUAGACACACAUAUUUGGCAUGCAAAAAGGUUUCAUAUGAUUGAAAAGUGGGGAUAUAAAUUACCGAAACAACCUUGUGACAAAUCAUUUAGAGCUUGUUAUAGAGCCACUGCUAAGCAUUGUUUGAUUCAAGAUUUAAGUUAUGUGAAAUGUAUUGAAAUUCGUGGGGUUUAUGAGGAAAUUAUGUCAAAACUUGAAAGGAUUACUGAUAAAACUAUUGGAUUAACUUUUGCUGCUAAAUCUGUUCAUUCUGGUAAAAAAUAUGGACAAAUAACAAUAUUUGAGCCAGCAAAUGCAGGUGAAACAAGAAAGCCAAUUGGUCAAGUAGAUUAUGUCUGGAAUAGCUUGCAAGAAAACUCUGGUAACUUAAGGCAACUAUGGCUCUUUGUUCAUCCAUCUUUUUAUAAAUCUUUGUAUGAACUGUUGAGCAGUUUAUAUGAAGUUUACAAAAUAGAUGAUAUUAGUGACAACAGUGUUGUAUUAAAGGAACUAGAAUAUGAUGUUGGAAGAUUCAGGCUAACUGGCCCACUGUCUACAGCAGUUUUAAAAAACGCUUUUAGGGUGAUUGACUUUAAGGGCACUAAACUUCCAGAAUUUUUAAGCAGUUACCAUCAGGAAGUUUUAUCAAAUCAAAAUGAAGUUUUUACGGAAUUGACUAAUGGUAGUUACAUUCCUCCGAAUACGGUACUUUCGGUGAUAGUGCAUGAUCCUAGGUUAAGUUAUCCCAAAAAGAGAACCAAGGCCUUGCUGGAAGACACCGAUAAUUAUGGAGAUACUGAAUGUUUUCAGGAAAAUUUGGCUAUUAGCCCUUUGUUUGAUGAUAGUGUGAGAAAGUUUUGUAAUGACAACAAGAUAUCUAACGCACACCUUUGUAAAAUUCGAUCACUAUUCUUAAUUCCCGAAGAGGGAUUCUCUAUCAGUUCAUCCGAGGCAAAGAUACCAGUGAUUUUACUUUGGAGAACUGGAAAUAAGUCUGGUGAAAAUCAAGGAUAUUCUCACGGUUGGGAUGUAAUAGUGCCCUCAAGUUACUCGCAAGCAUUUUUUUUGACAUUUAUAAUGUGGGGAGCGCGUGCUGGUGGCCUUAGAGAAACCGAAUCGAUAGCUUUCGAGAGGUCACAAACAGACAUACUUUAUCCCGAUACAGUAGCUGGAGAACAAGAAGAAAAUUCUUUAAGUGAAAAAUUAAGAGAAACAUUUUUCAGGUUACCACCGAAUAAAAGAACCAAUUUUAAUAAGUUUUCCAUUGUUUCUCCUUACUGUUUUAAUUGGAAAUUAUUGAUUAAGGAUUGGUCUGGAAAAGAUUGCCAAUUAUUUUCAGUUAUACGGAACAGAAAUUUAUUAAAUAAUAUUCAGUCUUUCCUCAGUAGAAAACGACAUACAUUGGAUGACUUACCUUCGAAUUGUUUGGUGCCAAUUAAAGUUGUGCCAGUAUUAAGAGGAGUUUGCUCAAAAUUUAGUGUAAUCUGUAUUCCAACUGAAGCAGAUCUUAAAGUAUUGCCAGUGGAACCAAAAAAGACAGACUUGUAUGCGCAGAAAAGAAAAAAACUUAGACUGGAACAUCGAAGUUUGUUGCAGAAGUUGCGUAGAAGAAGGAAAAGAGCCAGAAGCGCUGGAAAGCCAGUUACCCCUACAGAUGUAAAAAUGCUACGUGAAUACCAAACCGAGAUGCGAAGCCUUUGGCUGCCCGAGCCAGAAACGAUAAGGAAUUCCUGUUCUAGGCCCGUCAUGGGUUUUAUAAAACACGGUGGAUUUUCAUAUACUUUAGGACAAUCUAAAGGACUUGGGUAUAUUGCUGCCAAUUCAUUGCAAUCUUUGGGGACUUUAGGUUGCAGAAAUAAAGUACUAAUACGACCUCCAAAUUCCAGAGUGUACAGAUUAGCUAUUAUAAGUGUCGUUGUGGAUUGAGUUGAUUAAGGCUUACAUAAGUACAAAACUAUUAAUUUAUUCUCGCAUCCAACAAUCAAAUUGCCAGAUAUCCCUUAAUAAUCGCACAAUUUGUACAAUAAAUAAGAUUUUGCGCAUACUCUAUUUUAUAAGCCACAAUAUUGUAAAUAAGGUUGUUAAUAAAAUGGCUGAAAUGUUAA